AGAGGGAGGGGCCCUGAGUCAUGACAUUGACGUGCUGUAUGGUGCAAUUUCCACAUGAAUCAAACACUUCAAGGAUACUUCAACAAGGUGUGGAGCUGAUAAUCCUUAGAAGAAAUACAUUCUUCAGAUUGGAUUACUUUAAGUGGGUCAUUUGACAGAGCCGUAAACAAAGGUGAAACCCAGAUAACAUCCACAACUAUGCAAUAACAGAUUCUCUCGUUUCACUGCUCGCCAUGCCACAAGUUUGUUCCAGCAUAUCGUCAAGUUAAUCUCCAGCAUAAAGUUGUGAUGGGGAAGAAGACGCUGGACUCGUUUAACAAGGGUUUCAAGAUGCUCUUGGAGAAAGAUAUGUGCAGAAAAAUGCAGUAGGACUCAAAUCUUUCUGAUCGUCCUGAGACAAAAUGUUUCUUCAUGGAUGGUCCGUCUGGGUGGUUUUACUGAUCCUACGCAUGUCAGCCUGUGGUCUGAAGAUUUCUGGAUAUGACGGCGAUGAAGUCAUUUGCUCACAGGGCCUCUCUGGAUGCGUCAUGAAGGAUGAGAUAUUCCCUCGAACAGAAAGUAAUGUGGAUGUUCCAAGCCUGACAGCAAAUUUCAAGCUCUGCUCAAAGAACAACGAGUCGUGCUCAUUAUGUCUGGAGAUAGACGCAGAGCUCGGCAUCCGUCCUGAUAAAGAUAUGGAGGAUGAAGGCCACUCAGGGCUCGAUGAGGAGGAUGAUGGUGAGGAGAGCAGGAAUCCAAAAGCUUUACGCAGUGUGACCGUGUGUUACCAAAUGGCACCUACCAUGCCUACAUGCAAGAAGGUGGAGUUUACAGUCAAUCAUACAGCUCUUACUCAGCAAAACCAGACAAAGAUAUCCAUGGUGAUUGCUGAGCCAUCUGGGGUUUUCUUCAGCAGUAAAGUGUACGUUUAUCCUUUCAAAUUACUGCAUCUGACUCAAGAAGUUGUUGCUCCCUCUCUAGAUGAAGUGUGUUCCCAGAAGCUGAGGAAAUGUGAAAACAAGUGUCGUGUGCCCAAACUCAGCUUUUUAAUUCACAAAGAGAGGAAUUAUGUGGAGCUGCAGUUUGAUGGCAUGAAUAAUAAUAGCCUCCCCAACAUGUGUGUCCAGUAUGAGAAGAAUGGGACAUGCCAGAGUUGGAACAGGAGGACCAUGCCACUCUAUUCUGUGACCCACUGCAUGUGUCUCCAGACAUGGUAUGAUCAGGAGUACAGGCGGUCUCAACACUGCCUCUUCAAAAACAAGGGUUUAUUCCAAAGAAACGUGUGGGAGAACGUGACAGUGUCUCUGGGUCAGCGUCAAACAAACAACGAUGGCACAAUGCUGUUGUGGAACCUAUCUGCCCCCUGCAGGCUGGAGAGUGAGGUGUGGCCCUGUCAAAAGGAGGUCAGCUGCAGGGAGAAGAAGGGCUUCAGACAACAGCUGGGAAAUGGCACGUGGAAACAAAACAGCAAAGGACUCUGGGAGAUAACAGGGACAUUCGAAGGCAUCGACCUCCAGCCCUCACCGUGUGUGAUGGUGAAAGUAGAGGGAAUGGGACGUGAGCUGGGCCCAUUCUGUUUUACUAACACUGACAGGUGGCGCUGGAGUCUCCUGGUUGUCGGUGUUAUGAUGCUGGUUUGCUUGACUGUGCUCAUUAUUUAUUUGCUACGUGACUUUAUCAAAAAAUGGGUGUGGAGCUGCCAUCAUGGAGGAUUUGUAAAGAUUGGCAGAAAGGGUCGCGUGGUGUUGCUGAGCCCCCCAGAUGUGGAUGAUAGUGUUUCACAGUCAGUUGGUCGACUCGGCUCUCUGCUCAGAAACCAAGACUUCAAUGUGUCUGUGGACCAGUGGAGCAGGAGGGAGCAGUGCGCUCUGGGGCCCCUGCCAUGGUUGCACUCCCAGCUACUGGAGCUGAGCCAAGUUGUGGUCGUUCUGACCCACAGAGCCUUGGAGAGGACGGAGGAGUGGGCCUGUCAGCACAAGGAGGUUAUCAAGACAAAGGGGGAAGACAUGGGUCUCCCUCAGAUAUGGUCCCCCUACUCUGACGUGUUCACAGCCUCUCUGUGCCUCAUUCAAGCGUACAAACAGCAGGGCAGGGCUGCAGAACGUUUUGUUCUGGUGAAAUUUGACUCCCAUCCCACGGGCAGGAAUCUACCAGAGCUUCUUCAGGGGCUGCCUCUGUUUCAGCUCCCCUCUCAAACCCAGGCUCUCCUCACUGAGCUAACUGUGGGAAGGACAGGAGGGAGAUCACCUGGAAAGACAUGGACAGGGUGGAAAUGGGGUGGCUCAGAUGGAUGGAGAGCACAGCCUAAAAAGGGACCAAACCAGCAGAAAGAGUCACUACAUAAAUAUCUGGGAACUGAGAAAAACUUGGAGACAGAACCCUUAAAGCACCCGUAAAUGUCAUGAAGGACGUGUUCAUCCAAGAUGGAUGAAAUUAAUUAUGGCACUGGAAAGGUUUGCAGUUGUUACAAAUCCCAUAAGAAGACCAAAAUCAACAGUACAUGAUUCUACCUCUCAGAACUGUUGAGGCCGUUUAUGUCCACACAGGAUGUUAACGAAGUAGUGCAUGUGUGUAGGACAGUUUUCAGCUGAGGAUUUGGUGCACUAGUUGUACAGCGUCUCGAGAUAACUUCUGUUGUGAAUUGGCGCUAUAUAAAUAAAAUUUGACUUGACUUGA